AUGACCGAUACCCAACUCGCUGAUCAAUUUCUGUAUCAGAGCUCGCUGAAGAGCGACCCGGCCGUAAAGGUCAGUUCCCGUAAGCGUGUACCAUACGUAAUCGAUCUUAAUCAGGGUUCGUACGCAAAUGGUAUUAUCACAAUCGAUGCCACAGCUCAGCUAAACGGCGCUGAGGGGUUUGCUUGCCUUCGUGAUGCAUAUGUAGUCAUUCCGUACAAGGUUAGUAUGAAGAAUACCCAUGCAAGUACUGCUCUUGCAGCUGCUGCUAAUCGUCUAUCAGUCGGCCUGAAAUGUGGUGUUUGGAAUGUUAUCGAUGGCAUGUCUCUUGAACUCAAUGGUAAGUCUGUUAUUAGUAUGAGUGAAUACAAGCUAUUUGCUAAUAACCUUCGUGCUCAGGCUGAGACUUCGCUUGACUAUGUAAAUAAACAUGGUGCUGAAGAUUUUCUGUUCCCUGAUUCACCUGGCUCUAUGCAGUGGUCUAAUGGAUCAUCGCCCCCAUAUGGAGAUGGUUAUUCGAACACUGCUUCAGAUUUAACUGGAGUAUACUCUGUUGCUUCAAGCACUGGAUCUGGCGUUUUACAAGCAAACGAUGGCUUUCUCAAACGUCUAUUGGCUAACCCGCCAACGGCAGGUGGUGUAAAUACCAAUGGUUGGGCAACCACCGCUUCUGCUGCUGCUAAUACUAUCACGAACCAAUUCGGUCGUGGCGCCUUUGUCCCUGGAGGUACCGCAGCAAGUGCCGUAGCUGGUACGUGGAAUUAUAUGCUCAAGAUCAAGUUGGUUGAUCUCCAUCCUAUCUUUAAGGAGUUGGACCUUAUAGCCAAUCCUCAGAUCAAGCUUCGCUUUCGAGUUAAUCAGGGCAAUUCAGUUAUUGCCCUCGACCACCAAAUCAAUGACACUGUCUUCGACAACACUCGUAUCGGGCCAGAGUUGCCCGAUUAUGCUGGGCAAAUUUCUGUGGCUUGGGGUGCGAUUACCAACUCGCUCGAGCCUACAAUUGACUCGACCUACUUCCCUUUCACGACUACUCGACUCUACGUUCCGUUUGUAGAUCUUGAAAACCCUCAGGCUCUAAUCAGCAAGCCGAAUAAAACCGUUCGUUAUAUGGAUUAUUACGCUCAGUGGUUCUACCAGCGAGCAGGCACGGGUGUAUCUACUACCCAGCUGAAUACUGCAUUCGACCUCCAGCUACCCGCUUCGCUGAAGAACGCUAAGGUAGUAGCUUUGCUUCCGUUUGCUGAGACUUCAAGCGGUAAUUUCAACACUGCUACCAUUCAACAGUUCCAGAGCUGUUUCGAUAGUGCCCCAUGGACUGUUCAACCUGGUUCAUCGAUUCGCAACUUCAAUGUUCGCAUUGGUAGCCAGCAAGUGUUUGACAUUUCGUAUGACUAUGACUUCAUGGAUUUCUGCAAUGAAUUCUCUAAGCUGGCCUCUAUCAACGGCGACCAGACGAAGGAGCUAUCGAAUGGUCUAAUUGACUAUCAGACCUGGCAGCAAACCAACAGAGUGCUUGUAGCCGAUGUUUCUCGCUUGACUGAGAAGGAUGUUCCCCAGAGCAUCCAGGUCAUGGGAACAAACGCCUCAACGCAGGGUACCAAUAUGCUGGUACUUGUUGGAUUUGAGAACGAGAUGACUUAUAACCGUUUGACAGGUGAAGUACUUGAAUACACUGCUAACUAA